ACGACCGCGUUCAUUAAGUCUGAUAAAGAUUUAGCAGGCUUUCGAAAAUCUGCACUUUCUAAGCUCUGCUGUGUGCAAUUUUGCUGGAUAAUUUAUUUACGCAUCGACCGUAAACAGAAACUCUGUGUUUUCGUGGCAGCCAACUGUCUUUUCGAGGAAUCAGAAUGAAUCCGGGGCCAUUCCGCAUCGGAGAGAUCGUCUGGGCCAAAGUGAAGGGCUAUCCACAAUGGCCUGCUCUUGUGCUGGAUCCGCGAGAGGGCGUGGAUGUCAAGAACUCACGCAAGAAGAACUCGUAUUUUGUGCGCUUCUUCAGCGCGGACGACCGAGUGCAGGUCUCCUGGAUGGCAGAUGAAGAUUUGGUUACUUUCCCAUUGAUUCUAAGUGAAAUGAAAACUGCAUCGGAGAUGAAAGGUGGCAAAACAUACCUGGAUCUGCGUAAAUGCAUCACCAGCGCCAACCAGGCUCACACUGAGUUCAUGGAGAAAUUGGAGCUCGACCCGGAUGCAGCCUUGCAGUUGGCCAUAGCACCGACUUUUGCCGCGGGUGGAGAGGCUGCGGGAACGUCCACACCACGUGGUCGACCGAAAAAAGAAACAGCUCGCUCCCCAGCCACUGCCACAUCGAAACAGCAGGCCCCCGACGUUGAGAGCGCUGCGCAGCCGCAGACCCCUGCCACGGGCAAGCGCACGCGCCCCAGCAAACCGCCUGCUAAAGCCACACCGGAGCCAGCGCCCGCAGCGGAAGCAACGCCCUCCAAGCGAGUCCCGAAAAAGCGGACUCAUCCCGACGACGAAUACGGACAUAAUGGCUUUUCCACACCGGCUUCCGGAACGAAGCGGAAGACUGCUGGCACCGCUGGUAAAACUGCGUCACUGACGGAGCCCCGCAAAUCCGCGGUUAAAUCAGAGGUGAAGGAAGAUUACGGUACUGUUGGUUUGCCCAUGCAGACAACUGAAGUGCCAAAAGCUACGCUGAAUCAGGCACGAGCCAUUUCCGUGGGAUUUAUCGGGCUGGAGGAUGUGCGGGCCGUGCAGGCUGCCAAGCGUCUGCUGAACAUUGGAGUGGCUGUUCGGGUGUGGGCGAAAACACAGCUUCUGUCGAAGGAUUUGGAGUAUUCAGGCGCGGAAAGGAUCAGUGAAGCUGAGAAGAUCUUCGAAGAAACAGAUGUUGUAUUUGUAUCGGCGGGCAGCAGUUACGACCUGAAUGAUCUGCUGAGUGGUGCGGAUCAUUUGAUUCGCAAGAUUCGCCCCCAGGGAAAGAAUAAAGUGAAGGGUGUCUGCGUGUUUAGCAGUAUGUCCAAGCAGGACAGCGAGUUGACUGCGCACAAGUUGGAAGCGAAGAACAUUAAGUAUUUGGAAUGUGCCUGGGCUGGACACGCAGAACGUCCCAGUCUGAUUUGCUGUCGCAGUGAAGAACUGUACAAGCACUGUAAGCCCGUACUGGACAUUGUCUGCGGACAGAGCGUUUUCCUGGGGCAUGAUUUCGGAACCGCUUUGGCAGCUAAGUCGUAUCUGAGUAUUGUGGAGGGUGUUCACCUGGCUGGCCUCGUUGAAGCGGGAUUUCUGGCGCAAAGCACUGGACUGGACGUCAGUUUGGUCCAGCCGCUGUUGUCGUUUAAGCCAGAUGAGCGCGUCGCUCGUAUCUUAAAGUUGCCGGAAGAUCCACAGAACGUGACGGGAAAUCUGAUGCGCGAACAAUAUCGUGGUCUACGUGAUGCUGUUCACCUGGCGCAUCCAGUACAAGACGGCGUCCUGGACAACCAUUCCAGUGUAACUCAUAUGGCUUCGUUCGCCAUGGACUUAUUUAAAACUCACUUUAUCAUGUACCGCUGCCAGCGUGAAACCGACGAGGAUAAUCGCGCCAAGAAGCUGAAGUCAGCGGCCGCGGCUGGCGCACCACGAAGCGGAACGGAGGCGGAAUCCAGCGGUGGUGUGACGGCAGCCAAGCCGACCGCGGCAGCGAUCAGCGCUCCCGUUAACGGAGUGGAUACUGCUAAGGAGGAAGAUGUGGGAGCGGAAGGCGAGGAAGAAAUUGUGGAUAAACAGGAUGACAGUGGGACGGUGGAAGAGGACGAUGCUAAAGGGCCGGAGGAAGAAGCGGAAGAGCCGGCCAGCCAGUAAGAAUUCGUGGUGUAACGCGGACGGGAUGAUUGACAAUCCCCUUUUUGUUCUGUUAUGGAGAUGCGGUUGGGCAGGUUAGACUUACUGGCUGUGUGAGAUAUCCUUCGUUUGAGCAUGCGUAGCGGCACUACUUUUUGUUAUUGUUGAAUUUUCUCGCUUUGAAAACUUUCAGUAUAGCUGUGCUUCGAUCAGGUACUCUCUUUGCGAUUCAAUACCUUAUUGUCCUUUAUUAUACAUAGUAUUUAUCAUUAUUUUGUUAGGUGGAAUAAGGCAUUUGUAAAAUAAAAUGGAAGUGGCUGC